GAGAGAGAGAGAGAGAGAGAAAGAGAGAGAGUAGUCUUAAAUUGUUAUUUUUACUAUGGCAUGGCAUUAUCUACUGUGUCUCAGUUCUAACUGCCGAGUUCUGUGAGCUUGGAGGGGUUCCCACUUUCCACUUGUGUCCCAAAGGUCGGUGGUUAAGAUUUUCUUCUUCUUCUUCUUGUUCAUCUACAGAUGCAGCUAAACAGUAAGUAGCUAUCGGGGAUUUAUAUUCCCCAGUUGCUUUCUGCUUCUAUUCAGACCUUCUCUCUGCUCAUUGGUUGGAAUCAGAUUUUUCCUUGCAAGUGCAGUUGAAGUGACAAUGUCCUCCUCAAGGCCUAGUCAAUCGUCCAGCAAUAAUUCUGGCAGAUCAAGAUCAUCAAGACGCAGUGCUAGGGUUCUUGCUCAGACAACUUUAGACGCAAAACUGCAUGCAACUUUCGAGGAAUCCGGUAGUUCUUUUAACUACUCCAAUUCAGUGAGAUUGUCCCCUGGCACAGGCACUGCCAGUGGUGAUCAUCAACCAAGGUCUGAUGAAGUAACAACUGCUUACCUCCAUCAGUUACAGAAAAGCAAGCUUAUCCAACCAUUUGGGUGCUUGCUAGCGUUAGAUGAGAAAACAUUUAGGGUCAUUGCUUACAGUGAGAAUGCACCUGAAAUGCUCACCAUGGUUAGCCAGGCUGUCCCCAGUGUUGGUGACCACCCUGCUCUGGGAAUUGGCACUGACAUCAGAACUAUUUUCACUUCCCCGAGUUCUACUUCUAUUCAGAAGGCACUGGGAUUUGGGGAGGUUUCACUUCUUAACCCCAUUCUAGUUCAUUGCAAGUCCUCUGGGAAGCCCUUUUAUGCAAUUAUCCAUCGUGUUACCGGCAGUGUGAUCAUUGAUUUUGAGCCAGUCAAGCCUCAUGAAGUUCCCAUGACUGCAGCAGGUGCCCUGCAGUCCUAUAAAUUUGCAGCAAAAGCAAUAACUAGAUUGCAAUCGUUGCCUAGUGGGAACAUGGACACUCUGUGUGACACAAUGGUUCGAGAGGUUUUUGAACUAACAGGUUAUGAUAGAGUGAUGGCUUAUAAAUUUCAUGAGGAUGAUCACGGGGAAGUGAUUGCUGAAGUGAAAAGGCCAGACCUAGAGCCGUAUCUGGGAUUGCACUACCCAGCAACUGAUAUUCCUCAGGCUACACGUUUUUUGUUUAUGAAGAACAAGGUGCGUAUGAUAGUUGAUUGUCGUGCAAAGCAUGUGAAGGUGCUUCAAGACAAAAAAAUUCCAUUUGAAUUAACUCUGUGUGGAUCAACCUUGAGGGCUGCUCACAGUUGUCACUUGCAAUACAUGCAAAAUAUGAAUUCUAGUGCUUCCUUGGUUAUGGCCGUUGUGGUCAAUGACAAUGAUGAAGAUGGGGAUAGUUCUGAUGCUGUUCAGCCACAGAAGAGAAAGAGAUUAUGGGGUUUAGUAGUUUGCCAUCACUCCACUCCCAGGUUUGUUCCUUUCCCUCUCAGGUAUGCUUGCGAAUUCCUGGCUCAGGUAUUUGCCAUCCAUGUGAACAAAGAACUUGAGAUAGAGUAUCAGAUUAUUGAGAAGAAUAUCCUGAGGACUCAAACACUCUUGUGUGAUAUGCUGAUGCGAGAUGCACCCCUAGGUAUUGUAUCACAGAGUCCUAACAUUAUGGACCUUGUUAAGUGCGAUGGUGCAGCACUGUUGUAUAAAAACAAGGUAUGGAGAUUAGGGGUAACACCAAGUGAAUCCCAGAUAAGAGAGAUAGCUUUGUGGCUCUCUGAAUGUCACAGGGAUUCCACAGGUUUGAGUACAGAUAGCUUGUCUGAUGCAGGCUUCCCAGGGGCUGCUACUCUUGGUGAUAUAACUUGUGGAAUGGCAGCUGUCAGAAUAUCUUCCAAAGAAAUAGUUUUCUGGUUCCGAUCUCACACAGCCGCAGAAAUUCGAUGGGGUGGUGCAAAGCAUGAGCCUGGUGAAAGGGAUGAUGGUAGCAGGAUGCAUCCAAGAUCUUCAUUCAAGGCUUUCCUUGAAGUUGUGAAGACAAGGAGUUUGCCCUGGAAGGAUUAUGAAAUGGACGUCAUUCAUUCAUUGCAACUAAUACUGAGAAAUGCAUUCAAAGACAACGAGAGUAUGGAGAUAAGCACAUAUGCUAUCAAUACAAGAUUAGGCGAUUUGAAAAUUGAAGGGAUGCAAGAACUGGAAGCAGUGACUAGUGAGAUGGUAAGGUUAAUUGAAACAGCAACAGUACCAAUUUUGGCUGUUGAUGUCAAUGGAAUGGUCAACGGGUGGAAUACAAAAAUUGCUGAGUUGACAUGUCUUCCAGUUGAACAAGCUAUUGGGAAGCAUUUACUCACUCUUGUUGAAGAUUUUUCAGUAGAUAGAGUCAAGAAGAUGUUGGACAUGGCACUGCAGGGUGAGGAAGAGAAAAGUGUGCAAUUUGAGAUAAAAACACACGAUUUGAAGAUUGAUUCUGGUCCUAUCAGCUUGGUGGUCAAUGCUUGUGCAAGCAGGGAUCUUCAAGAUAAUGUUGUGGGGGUUUGUUUUGUGGCCCAAGAUAUAACUGCUCAGAAGACAGUGAUGGACAAAUUCACCCGAAUUGAAGGCGACUACAAGGCAAUUGUGCAGAACCCAAACCCAUUGAUCCCUCCAAUAUUUGGCACAGAUGAAUUUGGGUGGUGUUCUGAAUGGAAUUCAGCUAUGACAAAGUUAACUGGAUGGAAGCGAGAGGAGGUGAUGGAUAAAAUGCUUUUAGGGGAGGUUUUUGGUACACAUAUAGCUUGUUGUCGUCUAAGGAAUCAGGAAGCUGUUGUUAACUUCAGCAUUGUACUUAACAAAGCCAUGGCUGGUUUGGAAACGGAGAAGAUUCCUUUUAGUUUCAUUACUCGUGAUGGGAAACACGUAGAAUGUCUGCUUUCUGUGAGUAAGAAGUUGGAUGCAGAGGGUGUAGUUACUGGAGUCUUCUGCUUCUUGCAACUAGCUAGUCCAGAGCUUCAACAAGCAUUACACAUUCAGCACCUAUCUGAACAAACUGCAUCCAAAAGACUGAAAGCUUUAACUUAUUUGAAAAGGCAAAUUCGGAGUCCUUUAUACGGGAUUGUUUUCACCCGGAAAUUGUUAGAAGGUACUCAGUUGGGACCUGAACAAAUACAAUUUCUGCAAACGGGUACUCGGUGUCAACGCCAACUUAGCAAAGUCCUGGAUGACUCAGAUCUUGACAGCAUCAUUGAUGGGUAUCUGGAUUUGGAGAUGCUUGAAUUUACUCUGCAUGAAGUGUUAGUUGCCUCCUUAAGUCAAGCCAUGACAAAAGGUAAUGCAAAAGGUGUCCGAGUGGUCAAUGAUGUUGAAGAGCAGAUCACAACAGAAACCUUAUACGGUGAUGGUCUCAGGCUCCAGCAGGUCUUAGCCGACUUUUUAUUGGUUUCCAUCAAUUUCACACCAACUGGAGGUCAGGUUGUUGUGGCAGCCUCAUUAGCAAAACAGCAGUUAGGGAAACUAGUUCAUCUUGCUAAUUUGGAGCUCAGCAUAACACAUGAUGGUUUUGGGGUUCCAGAAACACUGCUGAACCAAAUGUUUGGACGUGAUGGUGAUGAAUCUGAGGAAGGUAUCAGCAUGCUGAUUAGCAGAAAGCUGCUAAAGCUGAUGAAUGGAGAAGUACGUUAUAUAAGGGAAGCAGGCAAUUCAUCUUUCAUCUUAUCUGUUGAACUUGCCGCAGCUAAUAAAUCCAACACUUAAAAUUUUGGAAAUAAUUAAAUCAAACCAUAUUUUUUGUACAUCCGAAAGUGAAGGGUGCAAGAAAUUUGCAUUCCUUGUUCAAUAUUUAACUCUUGUUUUUAUGUACCUACCUUCUUGUAAGGUGAUAAUGUAGAUAUGUAUAACUAACGAUUCACGCUCUCUCCUCAAGUGCUCUCAUUACAGCAAUUAUGCCUCAUUUUCAACAGAAUGAAACAUAAAUAAAAGCUAACUAGGAACAUUCCGCAUCA